CGCCCAUUGCAAUGCACGACGUUUUUGACAGUACGAGCUUAGAAAGAUUUCAGUAUGCUGUUCUUGAAACCCCCAUUACUGAGUGUUUACAGGCGCUGCUUUACAGAGAAAAUCAUUUGGAGAAGAGGACUGUGCACGAGACAAAAUCUGUCAAGGACAAACUUUGCCCACCGAAAGAUCUCAUCCCAGUUCCCUCAUGCACAUAGCAGUGCACUAUUUCUAUCUGAAUUCAUUUGUUCAGCUGGGUUUAUAAGAUGUGGUGGAGCACGCAGGCUGUUUGGGGGAGGUCGUGGCAAUGUUCAGCAGAAGACCCUGGAAGACUUUGCUGAAAAUAUCAGAGAACGCAAGUUCAGACGAAUUGUUGUAAUGGCAGGCGCAGGCAUCAGCACACCCAGUGGGAUCCCAGACUUUAGAUCACCUGGCAGUGGUCUUUAUGACAACCUUCAACAGUACAAUCUGCCCUACGCUGAGGCCAUAUUUGAAAUAAAUUACUUCCAUCACAAUCCCAACCCUUUUUUUGCCCUUGCCAAAGAGCUGUAUCCUGGUAAUUACCAACCCAACAUUACACACUACUUCAUUCGAAUGCUUCAUGAUAAGGGCCAGCUGCUCAGGAUGUACACCCAAAACAUCGAUGGACUGGAGCGAAUGGCUGGCAUUGCUCCUAAGAUGUUGGUGGAGGCACAUGGAACGUUUGCCACGGCCACCUGCACAGUCUGCUGCAGAAAUUAUAAAGGAGAGGAGCUUCGGAAUGACAUAAUGGAAGGAACGGUACCCAAAUGCCCUACCUGUAAAGGAAUCAUCAAGCCUGACAUUGUGUUUUUUGGCGAGGAGCUCCCUAGGCACUUCUUCACGUAUCUUACAGACUUCCCAAUGGCUGACUUACUCAUCAUCAUGGGAACAUCUCUAGAGGUGGAGCCCUUUGCCAGCCUGGCAGGUGCCGUGCAUGAUUCUGUGCCACGCCUUCUGAUAAAUCGAGAUCUUGUUGGGCCGUUCACCUGGGGGUCCCCACGUCACAAUGACGUGGUUGAGCUGGGUGACGUUGUUGCCGGAGUAAAAAAGCUGGUGGAGCUCCUUGGCUGGAGGCAGGAAUUAGAAGCUUUAAUGAAUGCUGGUGGAGACAGUUUUUUGUUAGGGGUGGGAGAUGGAUCCUUAGGCCCUGUUUCCACCUGGUAUUACGAUGUGUCUCGGGUGAUCCGAUCACAUGUGGUCAGGCUUCAAUGAAAAAGGAGGAAUGAGCAGCCUGAUUUAAUUGCAACAUGGGAUCUUAAAAUCUGCUGUUGGGUGGCGCUCUGGGAAGCCCAGUGAUGGCACUCUAUGAGGAGUGAGUCUGCCAAAGUGGGAGUUAGAUUCAUUUGUUGACAAGUUGUAGCUCACAACAUUGGAUUCUUGAUUGGAAAGAGAUCUAGAACAAUCUAAAUCAAUGCAACGCCCAAACACCAUGGCAAAUUUAUAAGCACUUUUUAAAAAUGAACUUCGACAAUAAUGUAGCUGACUGGAUUAAAGGCACUGUCAUUUUUGGUCUCUUUUCAUCUUCCUAAACAACCGAUACAAGAGUGUACUUGGAGUUUAUACUGACACCUAUCAGCGUAGAUACAGUAUCAUAUAAAAGCAAUCAUUUUAUUGAUCGAUUAAGGAAGAUUACCUAGAUUAAGUGAGUAGUAUGAGGCUGGUCAUGUGACCAUCCAAAUGUAGAAUAAAACAGUUUAUUUUUGUAUUAUUUAAGUGUGCAAAUCAUUUUAAGCACAUUUAUCAAAAGCACUAUGUGUAAAACCCUUUCAAGUGGAAAAAAAACUGAAGACAGCUUUAAAUGAAGCAUGAAGGAUAUUUUGAAAACUGAUAAGAAAUCUUUUUAUCCUGUGUAAUUUUCAGGCACGUUGGCAUACGGCGGGUUUAGUUCAGUUUGUUUGUUAUGUUCACUGAACAACUCUCUCUCACCAUUACUGAUUUGCAAUCACUUUUAAAACCCUUUUUAAAAGAACAAAAAAACAAACACACAUUGUGACAUUCAGGUGUAAGAAUAUUGCGUAUGAUCGAAGAUGAUUUACUGUACAUCAGGUUUGCAUUAAAGGCUUUUGGGAGGCACUGAUUUGUCAUUUAUUUAUCCCAAUUUUUCCAUGUCUUUAUCCUGCAUAUAUGGAUUAUAAGGAUAUUUAUAAUGUUAUUAUAAAUAGGAUUGACUUUAUAAUUAGUGUUUCUAUUUUAAAUUCUUUUUCAACAAAUGGCCAGUGAAAGGAGGUUCUUAACUCUUAAUAAUAUGAUGAUUGUCAACCUCAAGAGAGCCAUUUUAUUUUACAAUUAUUUACAUUUAUAUUUAUGAAUUUGGCAGAUGGUUUUAUCCAAAGCGACUUACAGUGCACUUAUUACAGGGACAAUCCCCCCCCGGAGCAACCUGGAGUUAAGUGUCUUGCUCAAGGACACAAUGGUGGUGGCUGUGGGGAUCGAACCAGCAACCUUCUGAUUACCAGUUAUGUGCUUUAGCCUACUACGCCACCACCAGUUCUCUUCAUUUUUCAUUAAGAUGAGGCUUGAAAAUUUUACUAAUCUGUUACCACAAUAGAGUUUAAAACCUUGAUUUUUGUCAUUUUGUAAAAAAUAAUAAUAAUAAUAAAACAUUAAAUUAACAUACCAUUUACAAGAUAAAAAACUAAGACAGGUUUGCAAGUAACAAACAGGUGUAGCCUAAAUGAGGUCAACUAGUUUAGGACCAAAUGUUGGUUCUUAGUCGAUAAACUUGCCGCAUGUUUCCCAUAAAUUUAAUAAUUGUAUUUAAUCUUUUUUCCUGUUUGGCAUUCCUGUAACUCAACAGGUAGAGCAUGGGUUUGAUUCCCAGGAGACUCUGCCAAAUGCAUAAAUAUGCAUGUAAGUGCUUCAAACUUAUUGCUUUUUACGAUCGAUUAAUUU